UAUCCCACAGGGUGUCUGACGACAUGCAUUUAAAGGAUCAUCCAUCUAUCAUUAUUUGAUUGGGGUCCAAUGACUGUCAUUUAACAGGAGGAUCACAACUGCAAUUCUGGAUGCACUGGAGGCCAUUUAGACGCAAAAUAGAUUCCUUUGAACAGCAGCCUUCUUCCUAAACACAAAUCAAAACAGAAAUAACCUGUUGACAUAAGCCUUUCUCCGUGGUGCUGGAUUCCCAGUUUGGAAACUUCCACCAGGAAAGAGUUAAAAUUCCUCGCUACCGUACGCUCGGUGGGAGCUGGGCGCAUGUCACCGUAUCACAAAGAAUCCAAACCUCCAACAAUCGAGGUCACGUUUUCAGUGAAACCAAAACAAUCUGGGCUGACUCCCAGACCAGUGCACAGCGACUUCGCGAGGACUCGACGGAGGUUCGUCUAUUUUAACCAGCAAGCAGAACCCGUGUGCCGUAACCAUGUGGAAACUAAAACCGUUGGACUGAAGUUUGAAGUUCAUUUGUUGUUUCCAACAGCUCCGAUCGAGUUGCCACUCAGUCUCAAGUACAACCACAUUUUGGAGAAAUUAACUCCACGUGAUAUUGAAAUUAAUAUUAAAAAAUUGUCAGCUGAAGAAGAAUUUCCAAACUUGUGCAAAAAUCAGACCUGUAUGGCAAAUGUUCUUACAAUCCAAAUGUACAAAAGACUGAGGAACCGGGCAACUCAAAGUGGCUUCACACUAGAUGAUGUAAUCCAACCUGGUGUAGAUAAUCCUGAGCAUUCCUGUGUGAGGACAACAGGGUGUGUGGCUGGAGAUGCAGAAUCAUAUACUGUCUUCAUGCAGUUCUUUGAUCCUCUCAUUGAACUUUAUCACAGUGGUUACAAGAUAUCCGAAAAGCAUAAGAGUGACAUGAAUCCAGAAAACUUAAAGGGUGGAGAUGAUCUAGAUGGACAAUAUGUGCUGGCGUGCCGAGUGAGCACAGGACGCAAUGUGGACGACUUCAGUUUCCCACCCCACUGCAGCCGCGGGGAGAGACGUGCACUGGAAAAGCUUGCAAUUGCAGCCCUCAAUGGACUGAAUGAUGAAUUUAAGGGCACUUAUCACUCAUUGAAGAACUUGAGUGAAGAAGACCAUCGGAGUCUGACUGAUGCUGGAAUUCUUACUGAUUAUAUUGUUACUCCAAAGAUGCUUUCAUCUGGAAUGGCCAGAGAUUGGCCAGAUGCACGGGGAGUCUGGCACAAUGAUAUGAAAAAUUUUAUUGUUUGGGUCAAUAAAGAAGACCACCUUCGUAUUAGUUCUAUGCAACAGGGAGGGAAUCUGAAACAAGCUUUUGUACAGUAUUGUUUGGGUCUUAAAAAGCUUGAAGAAAUAUACCAUCAGAAAAAGCACACCUUCAUCUGGAAAGAUAACCUAGGUUACGUGUUGACUUGCCCUUCUGAACUUGGAACAGGCAUGCAGGCAAGUGUGCACAUUAGGCUGAAGUACAUCAGUAAGCAUGAGAAGUUUGAUGAGAUCUUGCAGCGACUACGUCUGGAAAAAAACUUCACUGGUGCUGCCCUUGUUUCCACUGAAAGUGAAGUCUGUGAUAUCUCUAACACAGAUCGAAUAGGUAUCUCUGAAGUUCAACUUUUGCAGCUUGUUGUCGAUGGCAUUAAACUGCUGAUAAACAUGGAUAAACAUAUUGAACAAGGAAAACCUAUUCAUGAACUUAUUCCUGCUCAGAAAUAAAUGUAUAUUCAGUAAAUUUAGUGAGAUGAAAUUUUCUUCAAAGAUGUGAUGUGAAACAU